AUGACGGGUCGAGACACCUUUCGUACCGGCAUGCAGUACGAGGUCGUGGAGGACUCUGGUGCGUGGGGUCUGCCGCUGGAGGAGGUUACGCUUGCCGAGAGGUUCAAGGCCGCUGGGUAUUCCACUCACAUGACGGGAAAGUGGCAUCUGGGCAUGUAUUCGGAUGCGCACUACCCUUUCGCGAGGGGCUUCGACACUUUCUUGGGGUACAUGGGUGCGGUCAGGGGGUAUUCCAGCCAUGAGGACACCCCGACGUUUGAGGGUGGGGAGUAUUCGUGCUACAAGGACUUCGGGUACGGCGACAAGGAUGGUUACAUCAACCACAUCACCAACACCACCAGACAGGGACCCUCGUUCGUGGGCAACUACAGCACCACCAUCAUCACCGAUCGAGCCAUCGAGGUCGCCAAAGAGCAUGGGGAAGAGCCGUUCUUCCUGUACGUGGCGCAUCAGGUGAGCGAAAAGAGAAUACUGCAGACAGAAAAAGGUGCCCUCCGGACGGAAUGGGCUGUCGGCUCAUGA